AUGGCGUACUUCAUCGAUGGCAAGGAUUGCAUGAUCUCAGAAUGGAUUCUUCUUGUUGUAGCCUAUGUUUUUGUCGCUGCGCGCAUCUACACUCGUCUUUUCCGGCUGCAACGAAGGCUGGAUUGGUCUGACUGGCUCCUGAUAGCUUCUGCUCUCGACGCGUUGGCAUUGAUUAUUUGUGAUACGCUCACAUACAAGAUGGGUGUGUUAGACAAUUACGAGACCAGCGUGAAGCUGUCAAAGAUAUCCUUUGCCUCGAACUACUUCUACGAUGUCGGCAUGGGCUUCCCUAAGCUCAGCAUGCUCGCCUUUUACUGGGCAUUCUUCAAUCUUUCCUCCCAUCCUGUAUUACGCAAGAUGCUAUAUGGCAUGACUACCUUUGUAGUAAUUUGCUACUUGACUAUCCUCUUUGACGACACCUUCUUCUGCGGCAGCAAUGUCUCGGUGCAGUGGAGCCAGGAAGAUGGCGCUUGCUCAGUGUUCUAUGCCCCAGAACCGUUCAUCCUCAACUUCACGCUCAAUCUGGCUUGUUAUCUAAUUGUCUACGCUAUUCCGGUGAUACUUCUGGCUCGUGGUGUGCUUAAAGGAUCGCUGGGUGUUACGCUUACCUUUGUGUUGGGAGCAUUGACUAUUUGCUCUGGUAUUGUGCGCUUCGUCUGCUUGAAGGUCGGGACCGGCCAGGAGAACCUUGUUUACCCUCUUAGCAUGGUGGAGGUGACACUGUCGAUAAUUGUCGUUUCGCUACCGGGACUUAAGCCACUUCUCAACAACUCCAAGGCAAGUAGAAACGCAUCUACAAUCGUCGAUGACAAAUACUCGGAGCAUCCUAAGGCCGAUGUUGCAUGA